UUGAAUCUACUUGAAAUUCUUUCUAGGUUUGAUUUUGAGACUGCCGAUUCAAUCAUCUAUGAUGAAUCGUUUGACAGAUCUAUAACUUGCAAGAAAUCGGGUAAACUUGACGCGAUACUCAUGUGGUGGGAUUUGGAUAUGGAUGGAACAGGCAAAUUUUGGAUCGAUAUGGCUCCAAAAUGGGCAAAUAACGCUUACCAUUGGCGUGAUCAUUGGAUGCAAGCUGUGUACUAUCUUCCCCACCGUGUUAAUGUGGAGAAAAAUCAGAAGUUCAUUCUAAAAUGCAGUCAUGACGAGUUCAGUAUGUGGUUCUGUGUUGGAGAGGAGUACAUUUCCUACUACAAGUUUGCUAACGUAAAUGUUGUAAAGAGCACUGCUGACGUAUCUGCUGAUCAGAAUGUCAUAAUCGGUGAACCUUUUUACCUAUCUGCUAUGACUCCGUGGCAAAAUCUGCGUUUUUGGUAUGAUGUUCAGUCUCUGAAAAAACGAUUAGGAAGCAGUACCGAAAUUUAUCCGCAGACAGCCACGCUCUAUGGGAUGUGUGAGAGGUUCGAUCAUCUUCAAAAUACUGCUGCCCCUGUUGGAGAAGUGAACGGAUUCGAUUUAUCACUAUUUGAUGACUUAUCACAGAAAGCACGAUUGGCUACGACUGCACUUGUUGACAAUCACCCACUCUGGGAAUACGGCGGUGUUGCGACUAGUGAUAGAUUCGAAGUAUUGCGAUUCGAUCUGCAAGAAGAUCCACAUGAUCUCCAUGCAAACUUCAAAAUCGACUCACUACACGACACGAAUGGAAUCCCGCUGUGGAUGGAAUGGCAUUUUGGAAAUUACUCUCACAGCACUGGUUUAAAGCAUGAGUCAAAAACAGGUGAAAGUCCUGCAUGGAAGGAGGGAGUCCGACAAGGAGUUUAUCUGUUAUCUCCAGCGCUUCUUCAGCAAAAGAGCAUACGAAUAGAUGCACGUUUCGAUUCAAAGAUUGGAGAAGUUAGCCUGCAAUUCUACUGA